UAAUGGAUUAUUGGACACUUAGUGGGGGUAUAGCUUGCAGAAAUGGUUGGUCUUGUCGUGCCUGCAAAUAAAAUAUUUAUAAAGGACAAGAAAUCUUAGUUAGAGAAGGUCGAAAAUUGAGGUUCCAUUUUCAUAAAGGUUGUUUUCAAGGAAAUGGAGAUCCAAGAACUCAAAAUGAAUCAACCUACUUUAAUUAAUAAAGAUAUGGUAAAAUAUCUGAUAAAGCUCCUGAAGUUAAAGGGUAGGGUAAAUGGAGUGUUAGUAGUUAUGGCUAUUAACCAAGCUUUAAAUGA